AUGACGCAGACGGGCGACUUCUGUCUAAUGGCGUGGCAUUUGCUUUUUGGUGUUGAGUGCGUGAGCUCUUAUCUCCCCCGCCUCAACUUACUUGCGGCGACUAAAUCGAGCACCGCACCUAAGUCCUCAUACGUAGAGCUAGAGCUGGCAGCAGCUGACAAGAAACAACACACGGGGCGAGAUGCUAGAGAAGGAUGCGUUGGCCCAGGGCUCUCGGCUCAUUGUCCCCUUGAAGCUCUCUCCAAACAAAAGCAAGCAUGA